AGUCCGGACACUUCCCGACUGGGUGGCCUGGGGCAGACCAGCACAGGACAAUGGCGGCCCUGCCUGCUUUACAGAGCGUCUGUCAGGAGGAAGAGGAACCGUCCACAGAAAGCCCCCAGACGCCUCCUUCAGAUCGGGGGGCAGACAAUGACGUUCCAAGAAGAUUUCGGCGUCAGCUUCAGCCUUCAGGUGCGACUGGCCCCAGCCUCGGACCGCUAGGAGCUUCUCCUUCUCCAAAACCCAGAGCCGGGGGCUCCCGCGCCGUGGCCCGCGGGCACAGCAGGAUGCCCCUCAUGGUAGGCGAUAUGAUGAAGCUGCUUUGCUCCGUCUCCGAGGGGAGGAAGAUGCAGGCGGCCGUCAAGCACUCAGGGAGGGCCGCCCUGGUCACCGGAGCUGUGGCCUUUGUCGGUGGUCUGGUUGGUGGCCCACCAGGAAUAGCUGUUGGGGGGGCCGUCGGGGGUCUGCUAGGUGCCUGGAUGACAAGUGGACAGUUUAAGCCAGUGCCGCAGAUCCUAAUGGAGCUGCCUCCCUCCGAGCAGCAGAAGCUCUUUAAUGAAGCCGCUGCCAUCGUCAGUAACCUGGACUGGACGGAUGCCGUGCAGCUGACUGCGCUGGUCAUGGGCAGUGAGGCCCUGCAGCAGCAGCUGCUGGCAAUGCUCACGGACUAUGUCACCAAGGAGCUGCGGGCCGAGGUCAGAGACAUGAGAUGAGCACACGCAGCUGAAGAGAAGAUACCGGACAUGCUUGCUGGACUCAGGGUUGACGAUGACCUUCAGUUUGUGAAACACCCAGUACCUCAAAGUGCCAUAAAUUCAGGGAUGCCUGUAUUGCUCUUUCUGAAGGGAUGAGAUCAUAAACAUCUAAGAAAUGUUUCCGCCAGAAAGAUUCCCUAGUUCAGUUGACACUUUAUCUAUAGGGGUUCUGAUUCUAUGCAUUCAACCACUGGAUUAAAAAUAUUUGGAAAAAUUUUGCAUCUGUACUGAACAUGAAUGGGCUUUCUUCUUGUCAUUGUUCCCUGAAGUACAAACGCAGGACCUCAGCUACUCACAGGGCCUCGACAGCAUGUCAGGCACCAUGGUAUCACGGGAGGAUGGAACAGAUUAUGGCAGAUAGCACGAGGUUCUUUAUCCAGGACUCAGAUUUGGGAUCCAAGGAAGGUCCUGGAACCACACUGCCCCACCCCCGCCUGGAUACUAAGGGACAGCUGUCCUGUAUUCACUUUGUUUUUACAGCUACAACUUGACUAUCAUCAAACUACAAUAAACACUUUUUCCUGAAAAGUCAUCUUCCCCCA